AUGUGGUGGCUUGCCAACCACCCUCCGAUGCCUAAGUCAGUAGAAUACUUGCUAUAUAGUGAGAGUAUUGAGAUUAUCUGUUAUGAGUUGCCUACCUUUGCUAGGGAUCGGAGCUGGUCCUACUUUCCUUAUGUCAGCUUCGUCCACGAAGCGGACCUUGCAUACCUUGACUUUGUCCCAGGUCAGUGGUAUAAUCAAAACCAAGAAGUUGAUAAGGGCAUUUCGGCAUUUCCCCCAAACCAACAUUUGCAAAAUGAACGGAGAGAGGGAGUGAGGAGGACGACCACCAGUGACAUCCACCACCACCGGCGACUCCCACCGACGACUCACCCUCCACUUCUGGCGACCACCACCAGCAGGAAAAAUCUCCUGGGCCCAACAACGACACCACCACCGGCGCCAUUACCGACAACCAAGGUGAUGUUUCCGAUGUCGCUAGAUUCUGUUCCAUCGACAAUGCCUCAACGAUCAUUGAAUCAAGAUGAGAUAGAUACUAAUGAGAAAGAAAAGGUAUGGAGCGGAUACAAUGGAGAUGGAGAAGAGGUAUCGAGUGGUUCUUCUAAAAAAGAGUGUGAUGAGAUAUGUACUAAUGAAGAUGGAAAGGAGGAAACAGAAAAUAUUGAAGAUAGAGUUGAGCAACCAAAGGAGGGAAUGAUAUUCGACACACUAAAUGAUACCUAUCUAUAUUACUCAAGAUAUGCCAAAGAAAAUGGGUUUGCUGUGGCUAAAAGAACUAACAAGAAGGGAAGAGAUAGAAACUUGAGGAAUGUUACUUUUCAAUGUUGUCGUGGUGGAAAGGCAAAGCACUACAACAAAUAUGACUUUCUAUAG